AUGAUUUGGCCCCGUUGUGCACUCCUUUUGACGUCCUCCCUCCUGGUGAACGAAGUGGCGUCAUUUGCAACACAUGGAUCCCCUGCAUUGCGAUCGCAUACUGCCGUGUCCUCUUCACCAAACAAUGAGGAAGAGACUGCCACCCUCACGGAAACUCCUGCUCCGGAAGCUUCAGCAGCAAAAGAGGAACCCGUGUAUUACGACAUUUUGUCUCAAGAGAGUCCAGCUGCGCCCAUGAUGUCCGCUGGGGACUAUUUGCCAGCCGCCAAAGAUGCACUCGACAAAACGUACAGUGCGUAUGCGCCCGUGAAUGGAUGGGUUCCCAAGGAAGACUAUGCGCUCUGGGGGCUCCCCGGUGCCAUUGCUCCGCUGGGAUUCUUUGAUCCCAUUGGAUUUGCACGUCAAGGUACUCCUCUCAACGACGCCAAGAGACUGCGUGAAUCAGAGAUUAUGCACGGCCGUGUGGCCAUGGUGGCAAGUGUUGGUUUCUUGGCAGGCGAAGCUACGGAAGGUCCUUUCCACAUUGCCGGUCCUGCCAAUGAUCAACUCCAACAAGUUCCAGCACCAGCAUUCUGGUUCUUGACCCUGUCCAUUGCCGCUGCCGAGCUGUACCGUGCCAAGAAGGGUUGGGUGGAGCCAAAGUUCAAGAUUGGCUCCAACACUCUCUGGACGCUUCGCGACAACUACUACCCAGGAGAUUUGGGUUUUGAUCCACUGGGGCUCAAGCCCACCGAAAACUAUGACUUUCAAAGAAUGCAAACCAAAGAGCUUUCCAAUGGUAGGCUUGCAAUGCUUGGAAUUGCUGGAAUGAUGGUUCAAGAACUCGUCAAUCAUCGAACUAUUGGAGCGACUGCUGAGUUUUAUGCCAUCUUGUUCUCUGGAGGCAAUCCCUAUGAAGGCUACUACUAA